CACACAGCAAGUACGUUCCUCCCAACCAGAUUGCUUCCUUAUCCAGCCAAGAAGACCACAAAGUUCAACAAUGGCCAUCACUGACAUCCUUUCUGCUAAAGACAUUGAGUCUGCUCUCUCCAGCUGCCAGGCUGAUGAUUCCUUCAACUACAAGUCUUUCUUCUCCACGGUUGGUUUAACCACCAAAACUCCUGAUCAGAUAAAGAAAGUUUUUGGAAUCCUUGAUCAGGACAAGAGUGGUUUCAUUGAAGAAGAAGAGCUUCAGCUGUUUCUGAAGAAUUUCUCUUCAAGUGCCAGAGUCCUCACCUCCGCAGAGACCAAGGCUUUUCUGGCUGCAGGUGACACUGAUGGUGAUGGCAAAAUUGGAGUGGAAGAAUUCCAAUCUCUGGUGAAGGCAUAAGCAGCAUUAGACCAAAGGCAACCUUGGACUGACUCUUCCAAUUACCUUGUCCAACAAGCACUUCGCACUCAGCAUGUGUUUGUACAUUUUUAUAUCGUUUCAGGCAUUAACAAUUCCCCAUACAUCAAGUUCACACAGAGGAUUGCUGAGAAGUCUGGCAACAUAGAGAUGUUUUGGUCACAUGGUAUUGUUACCUUUCCAUUGUAAAGAAGGCACUUUGUGAUUUUCAACCACUCAUAAUGUUGAAAUUGUGGCUGGAAGAGGGGAGGAAGAAAAAAACAUUUUAAAAACCCCACAACUUGGGGGGAAAAAGCUGCUUUUUAAAUUUUGUUUAGAUUUUCCAUCCUCAUACUUGACCAUGCUGACUCGCCAGACACAGUUUUGGUGAUCUUAAACAAUAUGACAUCUUUUAAGGCUUAAUUGUUUCCUUGAGAUUUAUUUCUGCUUAAUUCUCUGAUCCUUGAGGAAGAGCAAUGCUAACAAGAUAGCUAAAAAUAAUUUAUAGUAUGUCACAACCCUGAGAAUAUGAGAAAAAAGUUUAAGAGGAGUUGACACAUAGCUCAAAGCAUGAAAUAAGUUUGUGGGUAAUUUUACAAAAUGAAGUACCAGGCUACAGCAUGUAUAAUCAAAAAGUGUUUAUGGCCUAAAAUGUAACUCUCCCUUAAGAAGAUUUAUCUUUCAUGAAAUCUAAGACAGCUGUGAGAUAGAGGAGAAGGGUCUAAUCCCAACUCUGACACUGUCACAAGUUACAGUCCCCUGACAACAUGGGCCACACACCUGGAGGUUUUCCUGUGAAUCAUGAAUAUGUUGCUUAUUAUCUCUUAAUAUGUACAAAACAGUAAUACUUUGCCACAUUUGUGAAUUUCUGUGCUUCCUACAGAUGAAACAACAGCCAUUAUUGCUGUUUGAUUACCUUAAAGCUCUGUAACAUUGCAAACUAAU